AUGUCCGGAGCAGCGAUUGGCUCUCCUCUGCUGGGGGGCUUUCUCGCCCCGGACACGGGACUCCCUGGAAGUGGACUGGCCGGAGAGAGGGGGGCCGGCUUGCUUGCGUCGCUCCGGGCCCCCGCACGAGACCCCGGCGUGAGGCGGCCUUUCAGGGCCCGGUGGGCUGGAGAGCCGCCGACGCGGCGCCGGAGGAGGAGGAGGAGGCAGUGA